AGUCUAGAUUGGCUUAGCGUGUGGAAGCCGCAGUCCUCACCGGAGAUGCUUUAUUUCGGUUCCACGAUUACAGCUCACCUACCGGCUCUCUCCUUGGGCGAGCAUUGAUAUAAGGACCUUAGAUCAAAGGUCCAUGUUGUUGGAUGUUCGGCAUUCAGAUUCGACAUUCAUUCAGCAAGCGCCUUCACACUUGAACAGCAGGCUGUCCUAUUCCGGACUUCGACAUUGCCUGAAGCCAUUUAGAUAUACCCGCAUCUUGCUCUCGAAUCCACUCCGGCUUCCCACAUACAGAAUCUUCGGCGGCACUGCCUUGACGGCUCAUCAUCAUGAAGAUCAGCACACUCUGGAGGGCCCCUGAGGUCAACCCAAUCACACUAAAGGCUCGCAGCGUUCCGGUCCUGAACCCCUUCAACAAAUAUGGCCGCGUCUUCCUCUUCAGCUGGCUCGGUUUCAUGAUUGCCUUCUGGGCUUGGUACACAUUCCCUCCUCUUCUGACCGUCACCAUCCGCAAGGAUCUCGCCCUCACCCCGCAACAAGUCGCCAACUCGAACAUUGUCUCUUUGAGCUCAACUCUUCUCAUGCGUGUCAUCGCCGGCCCGGCAUGUGACAAGUUUGGUUCCCGCUGGGUCUUCGGCGGCAUGCUUCUCCUCGGCUCACUGCCCAUCGGCCUCGCCCCUCUUGUCAACAGCGCCAACGGUCUCUACGUCAGCCGCUUCUUCAUCGGUAUCCUUGGCGGCACGUUCGUUCCUUGCCAGGUCUGGUGCACUGGCUUCUUCGACAAGAACAUUGUCGGCACAGCCAACGCUCUCGCUGGAGGCUGGGGUAACGCUGGUGGCGGUGUCACGUACUUUGUCAUGCCCGCCGUCUUCGACGCCUUCGUCUCCCGCGGCUACAAGCCCGGUGUCGCUUGGCGACUGACCUUCAUCGUGCCCCUCAUUUGCAUCAUCACCUGCGGCAUUGCUCUCCUCCUCCUCUGCGACGACACCCCGACCGGCAAGUGGAGCGACCGCCACCUUCACGUGCAGGAGAACCUCCAGGGUCACGGCAUCCAGGAGAAUGUCCUUGCCGACGUCGUGGAUGUCCCAGGUGGCAUUGCCGAUCGCCACAGCACGCCUUCGCCCACCGCCUUUGACUCGGAGAAGAACAGCACCAACGACAACAAGAACACGUCCAAGUUUGAGAACGAGGCGACCAUCUCCCGCGAUGAGAUGCUCGUGACCGCCCAGGGCGAGACCAUCCUCAAGCCGACCUUCAAGGACGGCCUCAAGGUUGCCAUUUCUCCCCAGACCAUCUUCCACAUGGCCACCUACGCCUGUUCCUUCGGUGGCGAGCUCGCGAUCAACUCGAUCCUCUCGUCGUACUACCUCAAGAACUUCCCCUCGCUCGGCCAGACCGGUGCCUCCAACUGGGCCGCCAUGUUCGGCUUCCUCAACGUGGUCACGCGCCCCCUCGGCGGUAUCGUCGGUGACGUGCUCUACCACUUUGGCAAGCAGAACCUGUGGCUCAAGAAGGGCUGGGUUUCGUUCUGCGGCAUCAUGACCGGCCUGCUCCUCAUCCUCAUUGGUCGCUUGAACCCCCACGACGAGGCUACCAUGUUCGGUCUCAUCUUCCUCAUGGCCGUCUUCCACGAGGCCGGCAACGGCGCCAACUUUGCCCUCGUGCCUCACGUCCACCCUCAAGCCAACGGCAUCGUGUCCGGCCUGACAGGCGCCGGCGGCAACCUCGGCGGCAUCAUCUUCGCCAUCAUCUUCCGUUUCAUGGACAACGGCACCAACUACGCCAAGGGCUUCUGGGUCAUUGGCUGCAUGCACAUUGGCCUCAACGUGCUCGUGUCUUGGAUUCCCCCUCUGCCCAAGGGCCAGAUUGGCGGCCGCUAGAUGGAGAGUUGGGAUUAUUUGUUUUGUCGAUACUUUAGCGAGCAAUGGGUACAGGAUAGAUUUUGGGUGGAGUCUGGGAUAUACAUAAUACGGAUUAUGACGGGUUAAAAGGGUCUGUUCGGCUGUCUGGCCUUGAUACAAUAUGAUACCUUAUCUUCAACUGUUCUGGACCAACUGUGCUCGUACUGCGUGACAUGACUUUGGAUCGU